AUGUCGGGGUACGGCUUUGGGUCCCAGUACUCGCACUCCGAGGCAGGCUCUUCCGCAUACACUCCUCGCUCCUUGCCUGACAACGAUUCGUACUCCGAGGCAUCUUCCAGUAUCUCCUGGGGGCUGCGUUCGAACCGAUCCGAGUCGAGCUCCGGCGGUAGCAGCAACUACACUCAUUCGAACAGCUCAGGCACACCGUACGACGCAUUCCGCAUGCCCGAGGAAUACUCCGUCUCUCCGCCUCCAUCAACGCAUACCGCCUUGAGUAGCUUCACGAGAGAGCUCACCCUGCAGCCCACCGGCGCCCAGUCUCAGCCGAGGCCACACAUGUUACGUUGCGAAUUCCUUCCUUGGACUGGUUGCGAGGAGGCCUUCCACCUCAACGAGGUCGACCUGUGGAUCCGCCAUAUCGAAGACGACCAUCUGCAGCGCAACUACCCCUCGUUGUGCAUCUGCUGGUACUGCGACGACUUCCAGUACAACACUCAAGAGCACCACUUCGGCCCUGGAAAGAAUUUCGAAUACCGGAUGCAACACAUCGCAGACCACAUGCUGGAUGGGUACCGAUUCGAGCGCAGGCGACCUGACUUUCACUUCCUCGAUCAUGUAUACCAGUUGGGACUUAUAUCCACGGAAGCAUUCCAGCUUGCCACGGGGUCGAGUGAAGGUCCUGCUGCGCCGGCGGGAUUGGUGCUGCAGCGAUCAGCCUCGAGGGUUGAGAGACCUAGAAGACUUGAAGCUGUCGUCGAGGUGGCAGAGUCCAGCGGCAGACCAAGACGCAGACAAGAUCGACGACACUACUAG